AUGACGGGGGCGGCGGACUUCCAUGCCCAGGCCGACGCGCUCUUCAGGAAGAACCUCGCCAUCCAGAAGCGCGCGUACAAGACGAACUGCUGCAUCCUCCUGUUCCCGCUGCUGGUGUGCGGGCUGCUCGGGGCGGCGCAGAACUUCAUCGACAAGUUCUUCAAGGACGACGGCGGGAAGGUCGACUGCGCGGGCUGCGACGGCGGUGUCCGCCCCGCCGGCGUGCGCCUCAGCGAGGCCGCCGUCGGGGGCUUGUCGUGCCCGAUGGAGUGCCCGCUGCCGAUAACCCCGCGCUGGCCCGUCGCGCUGCUGCUCCCCGGGGAGAAGGCGGAGGACGUCACCAAGGAGGACAGGGAGGCGCCGCCGGCCGACGCGAAAGAAGAAGAAGAGUCGCCCGAGGAGCUCCUCGAGUCCCUGACGAAACCGCCGCCGUGCAGGAGCCCGGAGUCGUGCGCCGCGCCGGCCAGGUUCCUCGUCACCGGCGGCAACAAAUCCUUCGCACAAAGUCUCACGGGCAACAUUUUCCCGCCACACGCGUCGCCGAACCUGACGGCUGACAUCUCCGGCUUGGCUGAUUUUGCUCUGGCAACAGAUGCAACGGGUCCUGGCUCUGGUGGCUACGAAUCUGCAUUUGGCAUGGGGGCGCUUUAUUUUCUUCAGAGCAAAUGCACUCCGAAUUCCACACUUUCUUUCCAAGUCCAGUACGGUCCUGAAAGUUCGACCAAAUAUGCAAGAUGCACUCAAGGAUUGUUUGAUUGGCGAGAGAGUUCGGCAGUCAUGAACAAAGAAUUGUAUAGAGGUUACAAAGAAGACAAAAUCAAAGAAAGGAUAGAGAAUAAUAAUGAUGUUGUUUCAGCAUAUGACCUCAAAAACUCAGACAUCAAGAACUUAAACUUGAUUGUCCAAUAUAAUCCUGAAAAAUCAAACAUGCUUCGGGUUCCACGGUUAAUGAAUCUGGCCUCAAACGCGUACCUUCAAUUGAGGGAUAAUAAUAAGAAGAUGCAAUUUGGGUUUGCCAAAGACAUGCCUAGAGAUGGUCACCCUAUGAAGCCUCCUGAUAUAUCUUUCCUAGUGGGAAAGCUGAUUUUUGUAUGGAUUGUAAUGCUUCUUUUUCCGGUCAUCCUGAGCAGUUUAGUCUAUGAGAAGCAGCAGAAGCUAAGGGCUAUGAUGAAGAUGCAUGGCUUAGGGGAUAUGGCAUACUGGAUUAUAUCCUAUUGCUAUUUUCUUCUUAUAUCGCUAAUUUAUAUGCUCUUAUUGGUUAUAUUUGGCUCCAUUGUUGGUGUAAAGUUAUUUGCGUCGAAUAGCUACGUGUUACAGUUCAUAGUCUAUUUCACCUACAUGAACUUGCAAAUAUCAUUUGCUUUUCUUAUGACAUCAUUCUUUACUACUGUUAGCACUGCUACUGUGUCAGGAUAUCUCUAUGUAAUUGGAUCUGGCUUUAUAGGAGAAUAUUUGUUCAAGCCUUUUGUUGAAGAUACAUCCGUCUCAAGAAGCUCGAUUGUGCUGAUGGAGUUCUUCCCACCAUUUUCUUUGUACCGCAUAAUCUAUGAACUCUCCCCACCUCCAGCCACGGGAUUUUAUUCAGACUUUUCUGGUGUACAAUUGGGAGACCUGAGUGAUCCGGAGAAUGGAAUUUUAGUCUUGCUAAUCAUAAUGGUACUCGAGUGGGCCACAUUCCUUUUCUUCACAUUGUAUUUGGACGAAUUUGGGUUCCUCCAAACUGGAAUUAGAAAGUUGGUAACAGCUUCUCGCCCCGAUGGGAGCUGUCAGGCUCUUCAGAAGCCGUCCACACAGCCUCAAGAAUUUGAAGCUUCAAUUGAAAUAGACAGGACUGAUAUUAUGAGCGAGAGAGAGAUAGUUGGUAGAUUCUUGCAACAACCAGAUAGUAGUUAUUCGGUCAUAAUUGACAACAUUAGGAAAGUGUACCCUCCAAAAGAUGGAAAUGCAGAGAAAGUCGCUGUCAAAGGUUUCUCACUUUCUAUCCAAAGAGGACAAUGCUUUGGACUUCUUGGUUCUAAUGGUGCUGGAAAAACCUCUCUCAUUAGCAUGCUGACUGGAUUUACUAAACCGACAUCUGGCACGGCUUAUGUUGAUGGACUGAACAUACGAACGGACAUGAAUGAGAUAUAUACAAGAAUAGGUGUUUGUCCACAAUUUGACUUGCUGUGGGAAACACUGACUGCCCGAGAGCAUUUGAUGUUCUAUGGCAGGCUUAAGAGAUUGAAUGGUGCCGCAUUAGUUGAGGCUGCAGAACAAUCUCUAAAAGUAUUAAGGAUAUUUGAGGGUGGUGUUGCUGAUACUCGUGUGUCACAAUACAGUGGUGGCAUGAAACGUCGUCUUAGCGUUGCUAUAUCUCUAAUCGGUGACCCUAAGGUGGUUUACCUGGACGAACCAAGUUCAGGAUUGGAUCCAGCAUCAAGGAAAGCCUUGUGGAAUGCUGUGAAGUUUGCCAAAAAGGACAGAGCCAUAAUUCUCACAACACAUUCGAUGGAAGAGGCUGAAGCUCUAUGCGACCGGAUAGGAAUAUCCGCAUAUGGGCGCCUCCGGUGCACCGGAACAUCCAAAGAGCUGAAAGCCAAGUAUGGAGGUACAUUUGUGUUCACGGUAACGGCUGCGGCCAGCGAGGAUGAGGCAGUGGAGCAGCUAAUCCGGUCCAUCUGCCCUACCGCGAAGAGGACGUACCACAUCGCGGGGACGCAGAAGUUUGAGAUGCCGAAGCAGGGGGUGAAGAUCUCUCAAGUCUUCCAGGCCAUGGAGCAGGCAAAGCGCUCGCUGAACAUCGUUGCCUGGGGCCUGGUUGAUACAACGCUGGAAGACGUCUUUAUCAAAGUUGCCAAGGAGAGUGAGAAAUGCCCUGAUUAG